UCUCUGGGGAGAGAGAGGAGGAGACCACUGCCUCUAAAAUGAGUCUCUCUGGGGAGAGAGAGGAGGAGACCACUCCCUCUAAAAUGACUCAAGACACCAGUUCUAAGAAUGUCCAGAAGCCCAGAGCAGAGUCACCUACAACCAGCCUGCUAUCAAUGAAGAGUGAUCAGCCACCUACUUUCAGCCAGGAACCAUUACCAGAUGACAAUAAGGAAGUGGAGAGUUUGGACAGUGAGGAUGCAUUAAAGAUCACACACAACCUUCUGGACAGAAGAAGUCAAACUCUGCUGACAGUCCAACAAGACAUUAAGGCUAAACUGAAACACAAGUAUCAACACAUAUCUGAAGGAAUUGGACACCAUGGAAACCAAAGUCUGUUCAAGGACAUCUACACAGAGCUCUACAUCACAGAGGGUGGAAGUGGAGGGCUCAAUAAUGAACAUGAGGUUAGACAGAUAGAGAUGGCAUCCAAGAAACAAACCACACAAGAGACACCAAUCAAAUGCAACGACAUCUUCAAGCAUUUACCUGGACAAGACAAACCUAUCAGAACUGUGCUGACAAAAGGAAUCGCUGGCAUUGGAAAAACAGUCUCUGUGCAGAAGGUCAUCCUUGACUGGGCCGAGGGAAAAGCAAAUCAGGACGUUCAUUUCACGUUUCCUCUUCCAUUCCGUGAUCUGAACCUGAAAAAGGACCAAUACAGUCUGAUGCAACUUCUUUCCCACUACUUCUCAGAGCUGAAAGAGAUUGACAGCAUUGAAGAUGGUGAAACCAAAACUGUUUUCAUUUUUGAUGGUCUGGAUGAGUGUCGACUUCCUCUAGACUUCAAAAACAAUGAGAAGUGCUGUGAUGUCACGAACCCAACCUCAGUGGACGUGCUGCUGACAAACCUCAUCAAGGGGAAUCUGCUUCCCUCUGCUCUCCUCUGGAUAACCACACGGCCUGCAGCAGCCAAUCAGAUCCCUCCUGAGUGUAUUGACCAGGUGACAGAGGUACGAGGGUUCAAUGAACCACAGAAGAAGGAAUACUUCAGGAAGAAAAUCACAGAUCAGAAUCUGGCCAAUGAAAUCAUCACCCACAUGAAGACAUCAAGGAGCCUCCACAUCAUGUGCCACAUGCCAGUCUUCUGUUGGAUAUCAGCCACGGUCCUUGAGAUGAUACUGAAAGAGGCAGAGAAGGAUGAAGUCCCCAAAACUCUGACCCAGAUGUACUCACACUUCAUACUCAUCCAAAUCAUUGUGAAGAACAGGAAGUACAACAAAGCCACAGAGACAAACCCAAAGGAACCGUCUCAGUCAGACAAAGAGAUGAUCCUGAAACUGGCGAAGCUGGCUUUCCAACAGCUGCAGAAGGGCAACCUGAUCUUCUAUGAGGAGGACCUGAGAGAGUGUGGCCUUGAUGUCACAGAGGCAUCAGAGUACUCAGCAUUGUGUACAGAGAUCUUUAAAGAAGAAUCUGGGCUGUACCAAGACAAGGUCUACAGCUUUGUGCAUCUGAGCAUUCAGGAGUUUCUAGCAGCAGUGCAUGCUUUAGAAUCAUGUCUGGACAAGAAGGAAAAUGUUUUCUCCCCCACUAGUGAUGAUGAAGAGAAGGAGUCAAUCCAGUUGUCUGACUUACACAGGAGCGCAGUGGACCAGGCCUUGAAAAGUAAGAAUGGACACCUUGACCUGUUCCUCCGCUUCCUUCUAGGUCUCUCACUGGAGUCCAAUCAGAAUCUGUUACGAGGCCUUCUGACACAGACAGGAAGUACAACACAGACCAAUGAGAGCACAGUUGAGUACCUUUCAGACAAGAUCGAGGAGGAAUCCUCACCAGAAAGGAUCAUCAACUUGUUUCACUGUCUGAAUGAGCUUGGUUCCAACUCUCUAGUUGAAGACAUGCAGACCUCCCUGCGAUCAGGAACCCUUUCAGCAACAAGACUAGAACCUGACCAAUGUUCAGCCCUGGCCUACCUGUUACUGAUGUCAGAGGAGGGGCUGGAGGAGUUUGACCCGAAGACAUACAACACAUCAGAGGAAGGUUAUCAGAGGUUGCUGCCGGUAGUUAGAACCUGCAAGAGAGCACUACUGGAUGGCUGUAAGCUCACAUAUAAAUCCUGUGAGACUCUGACCUCAGCUCUGCAGACACCAAACUCCCCCCUGAGAGAACUGGACCUCAGCAACAAUGACCUGGGAGACAGAGGAGUGGAGCUGCUCUGUGUUGGACUAACCAGUCCACUCUGCAACAUACAGACACUUGUUCUAGGUCAAUGUGGUCUGACAGAGGGUUGCUGUUCAGAUCUGGCCUCAGUCCUGAGUUCACCCAACUCACAACUGAAACAACUGGAGCUGAGAGACAAUGACCUGCAGGACUCAGGAGUUACACUGCUGUCUGCUGGACUGGAGGACCCAGACUGUAAACUACACACACUGGGGCUGUCUGGCUGUCUGGUCACAGAGGAGGGCUGUGCUGCUCUGUCUUCAGCUCUGAGGUCAAACCCCUCCCUCCUGAAAGAGCUGGACCUGAGCUACAAUCACCCAGGAGACUCUGCAGGGGGACUGCUUUCAGCUGCUCUGGUGGGAGCUGCUCUGGUGUAUCCCACAUAUAAACUGAUGAAGCUGAAUGUGGAUCAUGGUGGAGAGUGCAGGCUGAAAUCAGGGCUGAGGAAAUAUGCCUGUCAUCUCACCCUGGACCCAAAUACAGCACACCCACACCUGAAACUGUCUGAGGGGAACAGGAAGGUGACAUGUGUGAAAGAGAAGCAGCAUUAUGAAGACCAUCCAGACAGAUUUGACUAUCUUUACCAAGUUCUCUGCAGACAAGGCUUAUCUGGGUGUCGUUAUUACUGGGAGGUGGAGAGGGAUGGUGACAUGGCUGACAUUGGUGUGGUGUACGAAGGACUGAAGAGGAAGGGACGGUUGUAUGACAAUUGGAUUGGCGAUAAUAGGAAGUCCUGGUGUUUAUUCUGCUCUCAUAGAGGUUAUGACUUUUUCCAUGCUGGAGUCUGUAGCAGAAUCCUCCCUGGUUCUGUUUCUAACAGAGUUGGAGUGUAUCUGGACUGGCCAGCUGGUACUUUGUCCUUCUAUAGUGUGUCCUCCUCUGGUACACUGACACACCUUUACACAAGACACACCACAUUCACUGAACCCCUCUAUCCUGGGUUUAAGGUUUACUCCUCAGUGACCCUGUGUCAGAUAGAUGACCAACACAUUCAGAGCCUUUUGACUUCAGGGAUUCCUCAGAGCUGUAAGACUUGUGACCAUGUUGAGGACUCCACACACUGGCUUCAGAUUGAACCCUUGACUUCCACUGUCCAGGGACUGACGAUGUUCAGACACAGGACACCCAAAGGGAGUUAUGAGUGCACAGUGUCUGGGCUCCGCUGGCUGUGUGAGAGAGAUGUCAUCCUGAAGUAUCACUUCAGGAACUGGGAACCCUACAGUCAACUUCUGAAAGACAUGCAGUACACACAAGGUGGUCCAUUGCUGGACAUCACUAUGGAGUUAGGUGAACUGGAGGAAGUUCAUCUGCCACACUUUGUCUGUUUAGGGACCAACCCUUCCCUGAGGAAUGAGAUGAAGAUUCUUCAUGAAAAGGAACAUGGAGUGUCUUUAGAGGAAGUGCAUGAGGUCACCAGAUUCCAUGCUAAGAUUCUCCAUCCCAAGUUCUCACCUAUCUCUCUGAUACUGAGAUUACUGUCUUGGAACGUAGAUGUCCACUGUGACGUGGUCCUCUAUAUGGCAGUAAUAAAGGCAACAGUAGAUUCAAGGCUGUACCUGCUCCUCAGAAACUCCAGUCAGAAAGAGGCUGUUCAGGAACGGGAGAAAGAUCAGGUGUCCAAAGGAUAUUCAGAAUUUCUCCUGCCAAGUCCAAACGGGUCCUUAAAGCUGAACAGUUGGUUUGCGUUCAAGAAUCCCCACUCCACUUCCAUCUAUCCAGAGAAGAUUCAGGUGUUACCUGCAGACACCACACCAAGCUGUUGUCAGAUGGUUAUGGGAAACACAGGGGUUGACAUUGAGAUGGAGUUAAUCGGGGAUGAUGAGAGGACAGUAUGGAAAUCAGUGUUAUCAAAAGAUGUAUACAGCAAAUACUCUCAUCCAACAUCAUUAACACUCCCUGAGAUUCCUGCUGAGGAGUUUCUGAAGAAACACUGGGCUAAAAUCAUUCACGGAGCCACAAACCCAAUGCCAAUAGCAGAUGAUCUGUGGUCAAAGGACAUGAUUGGUGAAGAAGAGUACUCCAGAAUAACAGCUGAAACAACUGAACAGGAGCGAAUGAGAAAACUACUGAGAUCAGUCCUCCCUAAAGGACCAGAAGUGACGGGAGCUUGUCUCAAAGCUCUCAGUGAACAUGAACGCCAUCUUGUUAAGUACUUGAGUGAAUCUAGGUAACACAGCUUUCUUCUCUCCCUCCAUUGAAUAUGCGGAAUGAUUUAAAUAUAGGUCAAAUAAAAACAUAGCUACUGUCACGACGUGGCCUUUUGGGUGUAUAUCGUGGCCGAGCGGCCGUUCAUGUGCAAAGGAUUAGCAUUCCAAUUAAUAGAAUUAUCAACUGUGUGUAGUGAAUCCAUUUUGUCUUUCCCGCUCUUUUGUCUGUCUCCACCCCUUUUCUUUGUCUACCAAGCCGUCAUAUCGGCUUAGCCCACUAUGGACUUUUCUAUCAAUGCAUUGUUAGUAACAAAUAUCUACUGUUUGUUUGUUAUGUAUUUCUGUGAUUAUUUAGUUAGUUAGUAAAUAAAUAAUUAAGCUAUUUUGUA